AUGAGUCUCACAGAAGACAGUAGCAAGGAGCCUGAAAUGCAGGAGGAUGAGUUCCUAAAGACGAGGCGGGCAGAAAAACGGACCAUCAACCCAUUUACUCUGAUCAAAGAAGACUUUAGCCAGUUUAAAGAGGACAUGAUGAAAGUGUUUAAGGACAAGGACACAAACCAGAGAGCCACUCAGUCAGCAGAGAAGCGGGUCAACCCUCUGGCUCUUCUGAAAGAGGACUUCAACCACUUCAAAGAGGACUUCUCCAGUGUUUUCAAAAUCGGUCUUUCAAAGGAAAGAGAGAAUAAGGAGGAAUCCUCCACCGCCUUUACUGUAACACCCCCAAACACUGAGAGGGUUGGGGAUCAUUUGAAGAGCCUCUUCAGAGGUGACCGAAACAUUUUAGAGACGACCCAAAAAUCAAAAAACAAGAAGGAGGACAAGAAAAGCGAGAAAGCAGAGGAUACUGCCACCAAACAAAGCAGGCAGACGGAGGGCAGGGGGAAUGAAUUAGAGAGCAGGGAGCUGAAUGGAAAGGAGUCUGUGGAGGAAGCUGAAUGCACGAGUUCCCCCCGAAAACAACAAAACCUGGAGAUAUUUGGAUCAAAUACAGGAUCUCAUGGCUUCGAAGCCAUUUUGUCUGCUGCUAAUUCGAAAUGUGGGCCUGAACUCUGGAGUGACGACUUUCCCGUGGCGUGGAGAGAGGAAGAGGAAGAUGAAGCCACAGAGACUCCUCUGUCCUCUGGGGAAACUUCAUGGAGUCUGAAGGACAGUCUCAAGAAUCAGUCGGCAGAGGACCCGUGGUCACUGAAAAACUUCGCCUCCUACCUGACCCUUGACCCCAACACGGCCAGCUCAGAGCUCUACCUGACUGAGGGCAACAGGAGGGCCACUCGCUCCUGGCUGGACGUUCAGACGUCCGAGCACCCGGAGCGCUUCCAGCGCUGCCCGCAGGUUCUGUGCAGGGAGGGGCUGCUGGACAGCGUGUACUGGGAGGUGACGUGGAAGGGCGGCGCCGACGUGGGCGUCACCUACAACAGCAUCUCCAGAGACGGGGACGCAGACCGCUGCCUGCUGGGACAGAACCCGCAGUCCUGGAGCCUGGAGUGCUCCGAGGGGGCGUACACGCCGUGCCACAACAGGAGGCGGCUCAGCUCCUCCUCGCCCCAACCCUUCUCCAACAGGGUGGGCAUCUACCUGGACUGGCCCGCCGGGUGUCUGUCCUUCUACUGCGUGUCGGAGGACCAAAUGGUCCACCUGCACACCUUCCGCUCCAGCUUCACCCAGCCGCUGUACCCGUGUUUCUGGGUGUGGGCCUACGACGGCUGGGUGUCGCUCUGCCAGGUGGAGCUGGGCUGGGAGCGGCUGCUGAACUGAGAGCGUUUCAGAGGAACAUCUGGACAUCCCAGCAGAUGUUG